AUGGCUGGCACAUAUACUUUCCUUCCCGGCGACCUCAACGCUUCACUGAAAGCCCGGAAUAGACCCUACACUGGACUCCGCUUGCCCUCGUCGUCUUCUGCUAAAAAACGGGCCUCGUCCUUCUAUCCUGAGCACCGCCCAGAGAUUGUGGACGAGACCAACCCUGAUCCAUUCUAUCUCGAACACUCCCUGGGCAGGUCGGGUGCUUGGGGCCGUAGCAGACGGGACAUUCGCGAUGUCCAAUUCUGCGAGGAGUCCAAUCAAUAUUUCAUGUUAUCCUCCGUGAAUCACAGUCAGAAGGAACCGACGUUCCCCAAAACUGUAAGAGGCGAAUCAAAGCGGACUCGUCGUCCCAGUCAACCUGAUCGAUCGACACUUACCGUCGUUGGAUUCGAGCAUCAGUACUCUAUUCCACCACAAGUUGCAGUUCCACGUUGGGAAAAGCACCCCCUGCACGAGAGCCAGGGCUCUUUCAGCUCCGAGCAGACCGACGCAACUCCCGACUUGACUCCGAGCAGCUCGUUCUCGUCAAACUACUCCUCCCCAAUCUACCCCGACAGUGGCCUGCAGGGCUCCGAGAACCCUGUUCUGCCAGCCCAGUUGCCAGCCCAGAGUACAUAUUCAAAGUCCCUGGAAAAGUUCCACCGAGCUUCUGCUAAGCAAGCAGUCGGUCUACGACCAGCUUCGUCCAACCGUCCGUCAACGCCUGCGCGAAAUACUGAAUUCACAAGUUCCGCGGAAACUUUGAGAAUGCCUCGAACAGCGGACCAGGACCUCUCAGCCCGACGCGGGAAACCGCUCCCCUCUCUUCCUAUCAAUCCCCGUCACGGCAGUGGUGUGCCCAGCAAGAGGAGCACCAAUUCCGGCCGACGACCCUCAAUUGAACCCUCGAUGAUUUCCCCUCCGAGCCUCAUCAACCCUGUCACUCUCGAGCCUCACACAACCCAUUUCGAUCAAGCCAUGUUUAUUCCUGCCAACGAUUGCCCCAGCCCUGUGCCCAGUCGUGGCCCGCCCUCUCCGACGACAACGAGUGAGGCUCCCGUCUCCUCGAGAAGCCCCUUUGAGCAUUCUGUGUGGGAGCCAGAUUCUGAUUCUGAGUCACUUGGUCCGAGAUCACUGUCGAAGAAGCCUAUGGACACCCUGAAAAAGGUCCGCAGCCGGGUGCAACUCCGCGUUGCGAAGUCCGCUCCCAAACUGCAGAACUCCACAGCCUCUGCGCCAACAGAUCCGCCCCUGGAGAAAUUCCCAACAAUGCCUGAUCAUCCACCCAGGGAUCCAUUUCCCGAACCUGUCAAAUCCAUGGCACCAUUGACUUUGUCAAGCCGUGAGGUCUUUCGGCCGUCGCCGUUGCAGACACUGCGACUCGUCAACCCGUCAACUACCUCCCUUGCGAGACCUCGAACACCUCGGUCUCGUCGAAACAGCAGCCAAACCAGGGGUCGGGACCGGGAUCAGCCUCGGAACUACGACUUUGACCGGUCUGCUGCCGCUGCCAUCCAGGCCAGAUCCCGACGCAAACAGCGGUCAGAUUCGCUUGCCACUUCGCGCGUAACUGACAGGGAGAAAGUCUGUACUUUCUGCCGCGAGGAUCGGUCUGACGUGGCCAUUCAUCACAGCCUGACACUUGCGCGCCCUCCCCUCUACAAACGUGUGUGGGAGUCAUUGCGUUUCCUUGGCUGUCAUGGCGACAUAACUCCCCUAAAUCCUUUCCACGAAAGUCGAUGUAAUUGAUUCUUGCUGGCUGCAGCAAUUUCGGUUGGGUGUCUUUGAACUAAUGUCUUAUGAUCUACUUUACGGCCAUGGACACUCCUAGUAGAGGAGCUGUCCUGGUUCGAAUGCUGACGAUGAACACUACAUGGGAUGAGAAGCUCUCUCCAAUGACCUAAUGAGCAGGGGCGCAGCUCCCUGAUAUGUCUGCCAUAUGAUAUAAUGUCCGCAGAGGCAGCGACAGCUGCCCUGAGCGGGUUCAUGUAUGAAUAAUGAGGCAACGGACGGAGUUUUGGGAUCGGUUAUCACCAUUGGGGCCUUGACUCGUUCUUUCUUUUGCGUCUACCUGCUAUCAACCUGUCUUUCUUUGAUUUUCUUUGCGUCUGAUGAUUCCACUCUCAACGUUCUUUUGGAAACUUUCCUAUAUGUCCAUUUCGGCUUAUCACACCAUCCCUCGCUAUGGAUACCCCGGCCUCUCUCUCUCUCUCUAUGUUACUCCGUCAAAUCAAGAAUCAUAGCC